ACACAUGCUCAGAAGAGGCCUCGCAACGGCGCAGCUCGCGGGCAAGGCGGCAGAGGCGAGGCUGCUGCAGAAACCAGGCUACAAUGCCUACCUUGCACUUGCCAAGCCCAGGCUCACCACGCUCGUCGUGCUUUCUACCAUGUCCUCCUAUGCGCUGUGCCCAUUCGAGUCGAAUCUACCGACUCUGGUCUGCUUGACGGUCGGUACAACGCUCUGCUCUGCGAGUGCCAAUACCUACAACAUGUGGCUCGAGCCGCCGUUCGAUAGUCAAAUGGCGCGGACGCGGAAUAGACCCCUCGUCAAGGGCUCGCUGCAUCCAGACGAUGCCUUUCGCAUGGGCAGCCUGACUGGCCUCGCUGGCGUCGGCCUGCUUGCUUGGGGCGUCAAUCCUACCUGUGCCCUGCUCGGUCUUGCCAACAUUGGCUUGUAUGCAGGCGUCUAUACACCGCUCAAGAGACAGCACAUUAUCAAUACCUGGGUCGGCGCUGUUGUUGGCGCGAUACCGCCAGCCAUGGGCUGGUUUGCCCUCUCACCGUAUCCCUUCCUCUCGCAAGAGAACAUGGGCUGCCUCUACCUAGCGGCGCUGCUGUAUGCCUGGCAAUUUCCACACUUCAACAGUCUGUCGUGGUAUAUUCGCGAAGAGUAUGCGCGUGCAGGCUAUGUCAUGACGAGUAUCCUUCAUCCCGGUAUGAAUGCGCGUGUUUCCCUGCGCUACUCGCUCCUCACUUUUCCAAUCUGCUUUGGGCUCGUGUAUGCGAAUGUAUGUGAUGCGUACUUUAUGCUCGACAGCAGCCUGCUCAAUCUCUACCUCAGCUAUCGAGCCUAUGACUUUUGGCGGCAAAGAGGCAGCGAACGGGAGCGCACAGGAAGCGCCAAAAAGCUCUUCUUUGCCAGCCUUGUGUAUCUGCCGGGCGUCUUGCUCCUGGCACUCGCGCACAAGCGUGGUCUCUGGGACUUUUUAGAGGAUGUAGUUGACGAUUAGCGCCGAGCUGGCGAUA